GCGUACAAGCGAACAAAGUUUAUAAAAAAAAUAAACAAAAAGAGAAAACAAUAGUCCCAUAUCCAUUUUGCCCCCACACAUUACAUGACAAAUGUAUAAAAGAAUUCAGAAUUUUCUCUCUUACAAUCAUUUCUAGUUGUGGAAGAGGUUCACUACAACAAACUCUGCUGCUUCUAUCAGGAGUAGAAGAACAAGGGGAAACGGUUUUAGAGUUCAUUGAUCGACAACAGCUAGCCAGGGAGCAUGAAUUCAAUAACGGCGUCUGCGUCCAUUUCACUUUUACUUAGCAUCUCGUCUCCUAUUAAAAAACCGUCGACUCAAUUUCUGCCAGGAAAAUGCAAAUCCCUAAUAUCGUCCAAUUUUGAAUGGAAGUGUAGAGCGCUGGGAGAAGGCUCUCAGUCACAGCCACAGUCCCAGAAGACCCAACCUACAAUUUAUCAAGGUGUUUAUGGUCCUUGGACAAUCGAAGACUCUGAUAUUCGAGAGGUAAUUUUGUAUAGAUCAGGGUUAGUUACUGCGGCUGCAUCAUUCGUUCUUGCAUCUUCUACGGCUUUGCUUCCCAAUGAUUCAGUUAUGAGCAACUUGCUUGAGAAAAAUCUUGAUUUAUUUUAUGCAAUUGGAUCGUGUGGACUUGGCCUGUCAUUAUAUCUUAUUCACAUUUAUGUGACUGAAAUUAAACGUGCUCUUCAAUCUCUAUGGUUCCUGGGUGUUCUCGGAUCAUUGGCAACAUAUUCUACCCUUGCUCAACCAGCUGGCAAGAAUUUAGUUCAAUAUGUUAUCGAGAAUCCAGUAGCUGUUUGGUUUGUCGGACCACUAUUUGCAGCACUGACGGGACUUGUGUUCAAGGAAGGACUUUGCUAUGGAAAGUUGGAAGCUGGUAUUUUGACAUUUGUCAUCCCUUCCCUCCUACUGGGGCACCUGACUGGCAUUAUGGAUGAUGGAGUAAAGCUUGCCCUAUUGAGCACAUGGUUGGCACUGUUUGUGGUCUUUGCUGGGAGGAAGUUCACUCAGCCUAUCAAGGAUGAUAUAGGAGACAAAUCAGUAUUCAUAUUCAAUGAUUUGCCGGAGGAAGAAAAAGCAAAUUUGAUUCAGAGACUUGAGCAGCAAAAAAGCCUUGAUUAGGAUGUUCCCUACUGUUAUCCCUCACUCACAAUAUUACUUGUAUAGUUGUCUGCAUGUCAUUCAGCUGAACCAUUAUUCCAAGUCCCUGAUGCAGAAAGUAGCCACAGAGUUGGAGCAGUCGUCUUCGCUUUUGGUGAUCCAACAGUAUCUGGACCCAAUGAAUUUUCAGACUCUGUGAUUGUGAUUAGCUUAAGGAAAGGAAAAUAAUGUGUGUCGACUAUGUAUCGAAGAGUGAUGAACCUAAAGCCAGCCUGCACCAGUAAUUUAUGUAUCCUGUACAAGAGGCCACUUUCACAGCUAUUCAGGAGUUGCAAAGUCAGAUAUCAUGACACUAAGGAGUGUUAAUUUUAGAAGCUAAUAGCAUUAGCAGCUUUACAUAUUGAGGUCUGCUCCUGAAAAUCUACCAUAUUCAAAAUAGUUCCAUUUGUUAAGUUUGUGAGUAAUUGUGAAGAAGGAAGUAAUGUAUUUGUAUGUAAAUACUUGAUAUAUUUUUCUUUCAGUCUGUUUAAAAGUAAAUGUUUCUUUUUUGGAGACAA